ACCUAAAGCUUCUGCUAUUUCUGGUAAUGUUUUGGAAGGAAUAGUAGGUUUUUUCCGAUUCAGUUUAUAUUUUUGCUUGACAGCUCACUGUAGGGAACAACUAUUGUUUGUCAAACACCACGAAACCAGCUAUUAUCUUCCCCAGGGCAAAUGCAGAAGCUUAUACGGAACAUUUUUAGGAGGUCACCCGACAGCUUUAUGGUUCCCCCCAAAUCUACUGGUGCUCAUGAAGAGGGGUCCUUUGCAAAGUCUCAGUUCUACCCCAGAUUCGAAGAGGGGUUAUCGGCGGAAAAGACAGCCAACCAGUCGGAAAUGGCAUUAUCAUUUUACUCAUGGCUUCACAUGGUAGCCCCUGCAUUUCCUGUAAAUGCUGAUAAAAUUCGAAUACUAAAUGAACCGUCUGAAUUUUAUGAGACCCUUGUUAACAAAUGUAGCAAUGCUCAUACUAGGAUCACAUUUUCAUCUUUAUACCUUGGUACAGGCGACUUAGAAAAGGCUUUGGUUGAAACUAUUAAAAAAAGGCUGGUGGAUCUGCAAGGCCAGCUGAAAGUGACAUUACUGUUUGAUCACUGUCGUGGUUCAAGAGGAGCCAUUAAUUCCAGAUCAAUGGUAGCACCAUUAUUGCAGGAGCAUCCUUCUUCAGUACAGGUUUCUUUGUAUCACACUGUUGCUCUAAGAGGUUUUCUUCGUUUUAUUCUUCCUCAACGUUUCAAUGAAGUAGUUGGUUUGCAACACAUGAAGCUCUAUAUAUUUGAUGACUCCCUCAUCAUUAGUGGAGCGAAUUUAAGUCAUGAUUACUUCACAAACAGACAAGACAGAUACAUAGUGAUAGAGGAUUGUGCAGAUUUAGCAGACUUUUAUGCUAAUUUAAUCCAACAAGUUUCUGAAUUUUCUUUUAAUCUUCUUCCAAAUGGCUCUACAACACUCCAUCCUUCCUGGUCUCAAGCAUGCCAUCCAUUCGAAGGUGACAAGCAAAUGUUCAUUGAGGAAGCACGUCAACGUGUGAGGAAAAGCUUUUUUUCAUCCAUGUCCAAGACAGAUAAUGCAGCAGUCAAAAAAAAAGCUGACACAUGGGUUUUUCCUUUAAUACAAAUGGGCCAGCUGGAAAUCCAUCAUGAUUCUGAGGUCACAUUAGGCCUUCUGGAGAGGUCACCUACUGGUUCACAUGUAUAUUUAGCUACUGGGUACUUUAAUUUGCCAAAAAUGUAUAUGGAUACUAUUCUAGAAAAGUCAAAAGCUACAUUCACCGUUUUGACUGCACAUCCUUCGACAAAUGGGUUCCUUAAUGCAAAUGGUGUGGCUGGCGGGAUACCUGCACUUUAUACCCAACUUGCUAAAGAAUUUUUUAAUAAAGCUUGCAAGCUCCAACAGCAAGACAGGGUGGAAAUAAAGGAAUAUAUCCGGCCAGGCUGGACUUACCAUGGAAAGGGGCUCUGGUUAACAUUACCUGGCCAAAAAUUUCCUUCCUUAUCCCUAGUUGGUUCACCUAAUUUUGGUUCCAGGUCUAUAGAUAGAGAUUUAGAGACACAAAUUGCAGUUGUCACAUCCAAUCCAUCAUUACAAAAACGAUUACAAGAAGAAAGGGAUAGACUGUAUGAAAAAGGUAUUGUAGCUACUAAAUCUACAUUUUCUAAGGAAGAGAGAUUAGUGCCCUUCUGGGUGCUCUGUGUGUCUCGACUCUUCAGAAGACUAUUUUAGAUAGAAGACUAUUUUAUUGUGUCAAUUAUAGCACAUUUCCAUCAGACAACUGACUCAAAAAUAAAAAUGCAGACAAUUUUAA